AUGGCAGUGAAGACCGGCGUAGCAAUUUUCGAAGUCGACCGAAUCACCGCCGCCAAAGCCGAACGCGAGAAACGCAAACCUCAACUGCCGCAGCCGCCUCACAACGCCAACGCCCAACCGCCUCCAACGUACCCAGGAUGUCAUUGGACAAUUCGGCCGCCAAUUGGACUUGUUGGGCUCCUCCGGACCAACUUCAGCACCCGGACUACACCAAACGUCGUCUCUCCGUCCACCUCGCCUUCCACGCCUUCAACCAGCGUUGACCGUCCUCCCGAACGACUACCACCACCAUCAUCCUCCUCCUCCUCCUAUUCCACCGCACCAGCAUCUGCCGCUGUGGCGUCUGCCAUGUCCAUCAACUUUACACACAAUCCUGACACAACAAAAAACACCAACACCACCACCGUCAAAAUCGGUUAUCAGGACCCGCUCUGUACUUGUCUUCAUUGCGAUUGCAGGUUCACCUCACACAUCGGCCUGGCCGGUCAUUUGCUAAUCCAUCAUACAGAAACUGGCGAACCAGUGCUGGGACACCAGCCUACACUCACCGCAUCCGCCUUCACUGUCCACGUUGAAGUUGCAUAUUUACUCACCGCAUGGGUCUAUUAG